GCCCCGCCGGCGCGGCGGUCGGCCUCCUGUCACCGGCCGCUCUUGUUAUGGUCCCGGCCAGUGGUUUGUAAGUUGGCAGCCUAGGCUCCGGUCGCGGCCCUGGUCCUGAUGGUGGCGGCGGCGGCCUUGACAGCGGCCGACCCCCCUCCUGCGAUGCCUCAGGCGGCAGGGUCCGGAGGGCCCACUGCCCGCCGAGACUUCUACUGGCUGCGCUCCUUUCUGGCCGGAGGUAUUGCUGGAUGCUGUGCCAAAACAACAGUUGCUCCUUUGGAUCGAGUAAAGGUUUUAUUACAAGCUCAUAAUCAUCAUUACAAACAUUUAGGAGUAUUUUCUGCAUUGCGUGCUGUUCCCCAAAAAGAAGGAUACCUUGGAUUGUAUAAAGGAAAUGGUGCAAUGAUGAUUCGAAUCUUUCCCUAUGGCGCGAUUCAGUUUAUGGCAUUUGAGCAUUAUAAAAUGUUAAUUACUACGAAACUGGGAAUUUCUGGUCAUGUGCACAGAUUAAUGGCUGGAUCCAUGGCAGGUAUGACAGCAGUUAUCUGUACUUACCCACUUGAUAUGGUUAGAGUACGCCUAGCAUUCCAGGUGAAAGGGGAGCAUACCUAUACAGGAAUUAUUCAUGCAUUCAAAACAAUUUAUGCACAGGAAGGUGGUUUCCUUGGAUUUUACAGAGGCCUGAUGCCUACUAUAUUAGGAAUGGCACCAUAUGCAGGUGUUUCAUUUUUUACUUUUGGUACCUUAAAGAGUGUUGGGCUUUCCCAUGCUCCUACCCUUCUUGGCAGACCUUCAUCAGACAACCCUAAUGUAUUAGUUUUGAAAACUCACAUAAACUUACUUUGUGGUGGUGUUGCUGGAGCAAUAGCACAGACAAUAUCCUACCCAUUUGAUGUAACUCGUCGGCGAAUGCAAUUAGGAACUGUUUUGCCAGAAUUUGAAAAGUGCCUUACCAUGCGGGAUACUAUGAAGUAUGUCUAUGGACACCAUGGAAUUCGAAAAGGAUUAUAUCGUGGUUUGUCUCUUAAUUACAUUCGCUGCAUUCCCUCUCAAGCAGUGGCUUUUACAACAUAUGAACUUAUGAAGCAGUUUUUUCACCUCAACUAAAGAAAAAACCAUGGUUUCUUUUCCUUAAUAAACUCUCAGAGAGAGAAAUAAAAUGUUACUUUAAUUGUGGGAGGAUCAUUACUUGAAGAGGGGUAUUUACCCUGUCACAGGAACCACUGGUAUUUUAGUACUUGAUUUUUAGUACUUGUUUUGUUUUAGUUACAAAUCAAAUCAAAAGCGCUUACCAUACUUUUUGAUGCCAAACAUUAUUCCUUAGAACAUUAAAAAAAAUUUUUAAGCUGGUGCUGGCUAAUCAUUUAGGUUAUUUGAAACCAUUUAAAAGCGUUAUUUGGAAGUAGAACUAACUUCAAAAUGGGGUUCAGGAGGUUGCCAUUAGCUUUAUCAUGCUAUUCCAAGCUUUCAAUUGUAAUCAUGGUUUUUAAAAGACCCUAACAUUGUUUCUUAUUAUUAAAAUAAUCAGGCUUGGUUAUACUGCAGCAGAAUAAUGAGAAUUGAGUUUUUAAAUUCUGUAAAACAUAGGAAUAUUAUUCUUAUUAUCUCUCUUCUUAUGAUUCUGCUCCACUGGAUAAAAGGGUACUUUUUCCUUCAGUUUUUUAUAAAAUGAAAUGUUGUAUUUAAAAAGUAGCCAUGCAGAGAUUCAAAAGUAAAUGAAGUAUUAGGUUUUGCUCAAAUGUUAUUAUCAGGUACUGCGAGUAAUUUACAUGUGUUUUAAAAAGUCAAUGUAUUUCCCAAAGGCAGUAAUAAUAAUUACUGAAUAUCUUUGCUCUCAAAAACAGAGUAGCAGUGUAGAUUUGUUUUUGUUAGAUGAUUUGGUGUAUACUAGAAAAUUUAUUUAAGUGGACUGUGAAGUAUCCAUUAAUGUAGAUGUGAAUAUCAAGGAAUGUUUCUAAGGUAUUAUGUCAUGGUACAUCAACUAGUUCUUCCAUGUAAAGUAAUUUUAGUGCAAUAUAAGCAAUAUAAACUUAAGUAGAAAUAUAAAAUAUGAUUUGAAUUGUUAUUCUUUAUAUUAAGAAAAUGGUUUAAAAUGUAAGAAUUUCAUUUAUUGUGUUUAGAACAUUUUUAUGUUUUAUUGUAAGUAUGACAAAUGGGAGAGGAACAGUUAAAGUUCUGUUUUCAGAAAAAGUGAUUUGUAGAAUUGAUGUAUUUUAAAAACGUUAGAAAACUCAGUUGAAAGUAUUAUUUUUUGCUUCACUUUUAAUUUUGUUGCAUAAAAGACUUCUUGUCCUACCUUGGUAAAAAUUUGAUGAACUGGUUUCAUUUUCAAAGUCUUUAUUUUAAAAAUAAAUAUGUAUCUUUGUAUGACUUAUGAGUGUACAAGCAGGUAGAAAUACAUGUGUUCCUAAAAGUGUUUUGUAUAUUUUCAUUUCUGGGCCACACUGUAGUUAACUAUUGUUAUUAAAUCUUAAGAUAAUUUAAAUGUAUAAAAUAAGUACCUGUUAUGUUGUCAAUAAAAAGGGACUGCUAAUAUUUUUUUACAUAAAAAUUUGUAUUCUAUGUCUGUUGUAGAAUCAUAGGAUAUUAAAAAUAAAUUUUAUCUAUGUUUGACAA